AUGAAGUUCAGUCCUACCUUGGGCCUGCUGGCCCUCGUGAGCGGAGCAUCUUCCCUCACCGUCACGACGAACGUGGACCAGCUGCGGUCGAAGCAAAACACAACCGUCGUCCCCAACACCUUCAUCGUCGAGCUGCAGCCAGACUUCCACCCAGGACUCCAGCCCAAGGACCGGUUCGCAAAGACCAAGCCGGGAGCCAAGCCCAACUGGCGUGUGCGCCACCAGUACAACGACACCGACAUCUUCUACGGCGUGUCGGUUUCGUUCGACUCCCCCGUCGACCUUGCGACACUGAGAACGUCUGCCGGUGUCAAGAAUGCCUGGAGCGUCGCCGUUGUUCCGCGGCCGGAGCUGCGUGGCCUCUGGGGAGUCAACAAGGGAGGGACGAAGCUGCCGGAUUACCGGGGCAGCUCCGACGUGAACCGUCCGCUGGACAUGGGCAACGUGCAGAAGCUUCACGACAAGGGCAUCAAGGGCAAGGGCGUGCAGGUGGCCCUCAUCGACAGCGGCAUCGACUACACGCAUCCUGCGCUGGGAGGCGGCUUUGGGCGAGGCCACAAGGUUGCCCUGGGCUACGACUUUGUGGGAGAUGCAUAUGACGGCUCCAACGACCCCCAACCGGACGGCGACCCCCUGGCAACAUGUGCGGAUGGUGGUCACGGCACUCACACGGCUGGCAUCGUGGCCAUGCAGGACCCCAAGAAGCAGGGCUUCGGCCUCGUCGGCGUGGCUCCUGAAGCAACGCUGGCCGCGUACCGCGUCUUUGGCUGCGAAGGAGGCGCCACCAACGACAUCCUGAUUGCGGCCAUGAUCCAGGCGUGGCGAGACGGCGCCGACAUCGUGUCCAUGUCCCUCGGGCUCUGGCAGGCCUGGGAGGAGAUCAACCCCUUUGAGGACGUCGUCGACAAGCUGACCAGCCACGGCGUGGCAGUCGUCGCCUCCAUAGGCAACUUUGGCACUGCCGGGCCGUACUCGUCGUCGACGCCCGCCAUCUCGCUGAGUGCCCUCUCUGUGGGCUCUAUCGAGAGCGACAUCUACCCGACCGCGUGGACAGCUCACGACGACCAGCACAGGGCCAUCAACUACAUCAACGUUUUCCCCGCCUCUGAGCUGGGCCGCGUCGAGGUUGUCCAGCUGGGAUACGGCCUGGCCGUCCCCAUCACCCCCAACAUCACGAGCGGCUGUGACCAGGAUGCCUGGGACGCCCUUUCAAACGCGCAGCUGAACUGGAACACGACCAUUCUGCAGGUGUCGUGGGAGUCCUGGUGCGGCACUGCCUGGGGUCCCGCUGCCGAUCUGGGCGUCAAGGCGCUCCUGGUCACCAUGUCAGAGGCCCAGGACAUCCUCGUCGACGAGCCAGGGAGCGAGCCCGCGGCGCUGUACUUGGAUAUCGACAACUCAAAGCUGUUGCUGAGCCGCCUCGCCAAGCAGCCAGCCGGCAAGAAGUACGCCCUGACGUUUGACGGCACCAAGGCCGUCGAUGUGGCGAACCCCUAUGGCAGCGCCCCUGACUACUUUUCCAGCUUCGGCCCGACGAUCGAGAUGACGCUGGAGCCCAAGAUCUCGGCCCCAGGAGGCACCAUCUUGUCGACGUUUCCCGUCGACGCGGGUGGCUACGCGGUGCUGUCGGGAACCUCCAUGUCCGCCCCCUUUGUCUCCGGCAGCCUGGCGCUGCUCAAGUCGCAGAACCCGCGCCUGACCGUGCCCCAGCUCUUUGCGCGGCUCAUGACGACGGCGAGGCCGGUCAACGAGCUCAACUCCAAGCUGACGGCAUCUGCGGCCCGCCAAGGUGCCGGCAUGAUUGACGCCUACGCGGCCGUCACGGCAGACACGGUCAUCAGCCCGGCCGAGUUCAGCCUGCGCGACUCGGCCUCGCCGGCGCCGCAGAAGAUCACCAUCUCGAACCAGUCGCGCUCCCGCAAGCGCUACUCGCUCCAGCACGUCCCGGGGACGUUCUACCGCCUCUCCAACAACUAUCUGUCUGACAUUAAGGACAACUUUUCGAGUGCGAAUCUCCCCCUGACUCUGGACAUACCCGCUUCCGCCCAGUUCUCGCAGUCGUCGGUGACUCUUGGGCCCGGCCAGUCUGUCACGGUCGAGGUCCAGAUCAAGCCGCAGCCCGACAUGUACCCGUUCGCGAACCCUGUGUACAGCGGCUUCAUCAAGAUCACGGCCGACGACGACGACGAGUACUCGGUGCCAUACCUUGGCGUGCCCUAUAACCGGACCGAGGUCGGCCCCAUCGUCCACAACGUGACAACCGUGAAGCCGUACGACUCUCCUGGGAUCCUCAAGGCACAAGCCACCAACCUGUUCCUCGCGGAUGCCCUGACGCCGACGCCCAACCUCGAGACGUACAACUGGACGACGGACCUGGACGAGGCCUACAUCCCCGUCUUCCGCAUCGACACGAUCAUGACUCGCUUCCUGCGGCUCGAGCUGGUGCCCGCCAACGUCUCCUUCGUGCCGUCCAUGUACGGCUUCGACCCGGACGUCCACAUCGACUACAAGUUCCCCGACCAGCCCAUCUUGCCCGGCUUCCUCGACGUGCCCACGUACGGCCUCGUUCUUGCCGAAUCCCUCGAGCCUCAGCCGGAGGGAAGCCCCAUUAUGCAAUCGACCGAUAUUGGCCACUUCCUGGGGCUGGCCUUGUUAGACCCUUCCCUGACAAGCGACAAAGGCGACAAGUUUAGGAUCGCGGCGGGCGACUAUCGGGUGCUGUUCCGUACUUUAAGGUGGCGUGGCAACGAGACGAAUCCCGACGACUACGAGUCCUGGCUGGGGCCGGUCAUGCGGUUCGACAUUCCUAGCGACCUGCCGCCCGACUUUCCAAACAGCUCCGAGUAG